AUGCCUAAGGGCCUAAAGAGUAAAGGCCACUCCCGUGGUGGCAAACACCAGUCAGCUCGUGGUGAGCACCAGCGUCUCCAGAGAGCUCAGCCCUCUGCAGAGGGGCCAGCAGCAGCCCCUCCUCCUGCUGCCCAAGGUGAUUCUGGGGAAAGUUCAAGUACCUCCCAGGCAGCAUUCUCCACUGGAGACGCAUGUGGAGAUGCUCUGACCAAGAAGACAAGCAUGCUGCUACACUUCCUGCUGGACAAAUAUCAGAAAAGGGAUAUCAUCUUGAAGGGAGAUAUGCAGAAUGUGGCCCACAGGAAGUACAAGCCACACUUCUCUCACAUAGUAAGGAGAGUUUCCAUACAGCUCGAGCUGGUCUAUGGCCUGGAGUUGAAGCAAAGAGAUAGAAAGGGCUUCUUCUAUCACCUUGUUCGCAAGGAGGGCCCCUCCACUGAAAAUAGUCUGUGUAGCAUGAAAGAGUUGCCAAAGAAGGGUCUUCUGAUGACCCUCCUGGGUGUCAUCGUUAUGAAGGGCAACCGUGCAACUGAAGAAGAUGUCUGGGGAUUUCUGAAUGCAUUGGGGAUAUAUGCUGGGAAGAGGAAUGUAAUAUUUGGAGAGCCCCAAAAACUCAUCACCAGAGAUCUCAUACAACACAGUUACCUGGAGUACAUUCAAGUGCCAGGAAAUAUCCCCCCAAGUUAUGAGUUCAUCUGGGGUCCCAGAGCCCAUGCUGAAACUAACAAGAAUAAGGUUCUGGAAUUUUUAGCUAACAUCAGUGGUACCACCCCUCGUGCUUUUCCCAGGCUGUAUGAGGAGCCUUUCAAGGAAAAGCCAGAGAGACCAAGAAGAGAUGCCCCUAAAGUUCCCCAUGUUUCUAAGAGCAGAGUUCAUGCUGCAUGCAAGUCGACCACUGACUAUUCACUCCUUUAG